UUUGUAUUCGAAGAUAAGUCAGUGUAUUGCCGGUCAUUGUACAAAAUGGAACCUGUUGUCAUUGUUCAUGGAGGAGCGGGAGACAUUCCAACAUCGCGCGUCGAAGGAAAACUCAAUGGAGUAAAAAAAGCUGUGAAAACAGGUUACAAGUCUCUUCUUGAAUCGGGAUCCGUUCUACAAGCCGUCGAAGAUGCCGUUAAAGUCAUGGAAUUGGAUGAAAACUUCAAUGCGGGUUACGGUUCGGUUCUCACGUGCGACGGAACUGUCGAAAUGGAAGCAAGUCUCAUGGAAAUGCGAAAAAACGCUCUCGGCCCGCCCCAAAUCAACGCUGGAUGCGUAACUUUAGUCAAAGACAUCCAUCAUCCAAUCAGUUUGGCGCGAAAAGUCUUGGAAACUCCUCACAAUUUCAUCGGCGGCGAACAAGCGAAUAUUCUCGCGAAAAAACAUGGCUUCGAAAUCCUCCCGGAUGGCGCUUUAAUCACAGAAUUCGCCAAACUCGCCUUGGAAGAGUGGAAAAACGAAUCGGAACGGGGCACAGUUCAAUUCGCUCGCACCGAAAUCGGCGAAGAAGAUCGUUUCGGAGAAGGCGGAACAGUUGGCGCUGUUGCCAUUGACAAAGACGGCAAUAUCGCAGUGGCGACAUCAACGGGAGGCAUCACAGGAAAGUACCGAGGACGCAUCGGAGAUACGCCGCUUUUGGGUUGCGGGACAUUUUGCAAUGAAUUUGGGGGCGUUUCGACCACGGGACACGGAGAAACCAUCAUGAAAUCCGUUUUAGCGCACGAUAUUUUGAAACGAAUCGAGUAUUUGGGACAGGCACCGCAAAAAGCUUGCGAAGAAGCAUGUCGAAAUAUGACGAAAAAUCUCGAAGGCACGGGCGGAGCAAUUUGCAUCGACAAAAAUGGCGAAGUUGGCGUUUAUUUCACUUCGAAUCGCAUGGCAUGGGCUUAUCAGAAGAAAGAUACGAUCACUUAUGGAAUUAAUCACAAGUCAGAUAAGGCACAUGGAAUCGAUAUUUUGAGCGAGAAAGUCGAGGGAAAGGGGAUUUUGGGUCUUUUUUAAUUGAAAAGUUAAUUUUUUGCAUAAUUUUCUAUAUUUUCUUCUUAUACUCAAGUCAUCCAAACGUUAGAUAGAUAUCACAUUUUCAUUUGAACCAUUCUUAUAUACGUAUAAAAUGUUAUUUUUUUUGCAUAAAAAAUCUAAAUACAAUAUAUAGGAAUGCUAUAGGUAAUAUAAUAUUUAGUUGGGCUGAUAAAAUAAGAAUUAAAAAUGUUUUCGAUUUCCGUUUCGAAAAUUUUUUA